AUGACAACCUCAUUGGCCGCGUCCCGGGAGCCCCGUUCACUCCGGGAUGCAUUACGGGCUACGGGCCGGGCAGCAUCGGCGACGCCUUCCGAGAGCCCAAGCGAAGAGGAUUACGAUGACCCGAAGUUGUCAGCGAGGCCGCGCAAAGGACGAGCACCGGUUCGUCCCGGCGCAUCACCUCUCAAGAACUCUUCCAACCGUGAGAGGAAGCUCUCACUAGACGGAUCGACGCUAUCAGAAACCUCGAGCAUCGACGAUGAGCCCCUCCGCGAUGGAUCCGGUCGUCUCAAGACAUACGUGUUGUCCCCGGAUGACCGCGAGUUGCGGGAUGUUCUCAAACGGGGUCUAGAGAGGGAAAAAGACCCAAGGAGACCACGCCGAGCCGGCAAGUUCAGCGACCUCGUCUUCACACGGCAAUUUUCCACGUUUGACCGGCAAAACGUAAACACGGCCAACAGCCCCUUUCACGGCUUCUAUACGCUCUUUUGGCUGGCCGUCGCGCUGUUCGUCACCAGGAUUGCCGCUACAAACUGGCGGGCGACGGGGAACCCCUUGGGCACAAACGAGAUUAUGAAGACCAUGUUCCGCCGCGACGUCGUCGUGCUCCUUGCCUCCGACGGCGUCCUGUGCGCCAUCACGGGCGUCAGCUGGGUAUUGCAGCGGUUGGUCUUUGCCGGCUACAUUGACUGGGACAGGUCAGGCUGGAUUAUCCAGAACGUAAGUGAACACCAUACCUUGAAAGCAGACAGGAUUCUCACAGUCCACCAGAUCUGGCAGUCGGCCUUCAUCGGCGGCGUCAUAGGCCUCACGCUGAUCCGCGACUGGCCCUGGACGCACACCGUCUUCUUCGUCCUGCACGGCAUCGUCAUGCUCAUGAAGCAGCACUCGUACGCCUUCUACAACGGCUACCUCUCGUCCGCCUACAAGAAGCGCAAGUACCUCCUCUCCAAGCUCAAGAAGCUGGAGCACGUCGCGCCCACCGAGUUCCCCUCCUCCACCACCCCCUCGGCCUCGACCGUCUCCGUCUCCCACCUCGCCAACCCGCCCUCCGCGGCCGAGAUGCACGGGCGAAGGCAGUCCAUCGCCCAGGCGCAGGCGCAGGCGCAGGCUCAGUCCCAAUCGCAUGCAAAGGAUGGCAGCGGCGGCGACGAGCAGCACCAGCUGACGGAUCUGGACCGCAUCGCCCGUGCCAUCGAGUCCGGACAGCCCCUCGACGCAGACCAGGUCCGGGUCUUUGAGCGCAUCAUCCGGUGGGAGAUUGACGGCAUCACGGACGAGCUCCGGGGUCAGGCGACGAGCGUUGUCCGGGCGUACCCCAAUAACCUCUCGCUCGCGAACCACUACGAGUACAUUGUUCUCCCGACCGUAGUGUACGAGCUCGAGUACCCGCGUUCCGAGUCGAUUGACUGGUACUACGUUGCCGAGAAGACGGCGGCCACGUUUGGCAUCAUUCUCGUCAUGAUUAUGGUGUCACAGGCUUUUAUCUACCCCGUAGCCAUGCAAACCAUUGCCAUGAAGGAGGCGGGCAUGCCUCUGGCCGAGCGCUUCCGCUACUUCCCCUGGAUGCUCAGUGAUCUCAUCUUCCCCUUUAUGAUGGAGUACAUGAUGGCAUGGUACCUCAUCUGGGAAACCGUCCUCAACACCCUCGCAGAACUCACCUACUUUGCCGACAGAAGCUUCUACGACGCGUGGUGGAACAGCGUCUCAUGGGAUCAAUUCGCCCGCGACUGGAACCGCCCCGUCCACAACUUCCUCCUCCGACACGUCUACCACAGCUCAAUCUCCUCCAUGAAAGUGAAUCGCCACACGGCGACCCUCAUCACCUUCUUCCUCUCCGCCUGCGUCCACGAGCUCGUCAUGUGGUGUCUGUUCAAGAAGCUGAGGGGCUACCUCCUGUUCCUGCAAAUGUGUCAGCUGCCGCUUGUCCAACUAAGCCGGACGAGGUGGAUGAGGGAUCGCAAGGUGCUGGGGAACGUCAUCUUUUGGUUUGGCAUCUUUACGGGGCCGAGUCUGCUGUGUAGCCUGUACCUUAUACUGUGA